AUGGAAGAUUAAUAGGCUAGAAAAAUAUAGAAAGCUUGGAGAGCAUUUACCAAUCGAAAAAUAUUCCAAUAUUACAAGGAUAUUAUAUUAUUUAAAUGCAAAGGAAACCCUGCUAGAUUAUUAAAAGCCAUCAACCCCAACGAGGCUCAAUUAUUAGAUGCAGCUUGUAAAUCACACAUCAGAUUUCGACUUGGUGGAGAACAAUUCCCUCCUAUCAUAUAUUAUAAAAUCUAUAGCCAUGGUGGAAUUGUAGAUCUAAACGCCUUUGCUCCAAGAGAUUACUCAUCACUCCAAAGAGAUCCCAUUCCUCAUGAAAAAGUUGCCUACUCAGAAUAUAAAAAAAAUCAAUAAAAAUAUGAUAAUCAAGGAUGGUAUCUAAGAUUGGAUAACAAUGGCUGGAGACCAAUCUCUAACAAAUAAAUGAUUAAAGCAGACUUCGUUGAAUUAUACACAGCCAAUAAGAUUAGAUAUUAUCAUCAUAAAAAAGACAAGAGAGAGGAAAAGGUUAAUAAGAAGACUAGACUUAAUAAAUUGAAAUGGGCUUAAAGCAUUUAAAAAUAAAAGGAGGGAACCCAAUAAUUGAAACAGGAGUAAUAACCAUAGGACUUCUUUACUUAAACUAAAUAAUAUUUAGAAAUGGAUGAUGAUGAAUUUGAUAAAGAAGUCUAGAAUCUCAUUGAUUGGAGUGAAAAUUUAGAUUACAAUAAAUAUAUGGCAGAAUGGUUUUAAUUGUCAACAUCAAAUGCUAGCGAAAAUUAUGUGGUUUAAUAAAUUCAUUAAACAAAAAUUGAUUCAGUCUUUAAAGGAACUUGAAAGCUUAAAAAUAUUCUCAGUAAAUUAGUUCAUAUAUUAA